UACAAAGAUCUUCGAGGCAAGUACAAAGAUCCACCAGACAAGUACAACGAUCCACCAGGCAAGUACAAAGAUCCACCAGACAAGUACAAAGAUCCAUCAGACAAGUACAAAGAUCCACCAGACAAACAAGUACAAAGAUCUACUAGACUAGUACAAAGAUCCACAAAGUACAAAGAUCCACCAGACAAGUACAAAGAUCCAUCAGACAAGUACAAAGAUCCACCAGACAAGUACAAAGAUCCACCAGACAAGUACAAAGAUCCACCAGACAAGUACAAAGAUCCACCAGACAAGUACAAAGAUCCACCAGACAAGUACAAAGAUCCACCAAGUACAAAGAUCCACCAGACAAGUACAAAGAUUACAAGUACAAAGAUCCACUAG